AUGUAUGAAUUAAUUAAAUAUUUAUCGUAUAUAAAUAUACAACCAUAUUAUGUUUAUUUACAUGAUAUGGUUUCUGGUGCUAAAGAAUUUCGAACUUCCCUCCAUUUUGCUGUUGAACUUGAAAAAUUACUUCGAGGAUCUACAGCUGGUUUUAAUAUGCCUCAAUUUAUUAUUGAUUUACUAACUGGUGGAGGAAAACGACUUGUUUCAUCAUUUGAUAGUUAUGAUCGUCAAACAGGCAUCAGUAUUUUUCGUUCGUCACAGAUUACACAACGAAAACUUGAACAAAGCAAAAAAUCAACAGAUCUAUUUUUUUAUUUUGAUCCACUACGAAAUAUAUCAGAAAUAUAA